CAAAAUGGCGCCUGUGUAAAGCUGGUUGGCCUCAGGUCACCUCGCCGCUGCUGACCAUUGAGAACGAUGGGACCCGUCCCACGUGACAGGACUUCUGCCAAUCAAAAGACUCGGCAGUAGUAAGAUGGCGACCAAUGGGGAGGCCUACACCGUGCUCGCCUGCCAACGCCUCGACCAAUCAGAAGGGUGGGUGAGACGUCAGCUGACGAAAGCGAACGUUGAUGGCUUCAGGAAGGCCGUCUAACGAAUUCCGACCAAUGGGGAGGCCUGGAGGUACCCCCCGACUCCUCCCUCCUUCCUCACGUGACGGAGAUCGGCCAAUCAGUUCCUUCAGCGGUAGUAAGAUGGCGGUGAAGGAACUUGCUGGCUUCAAAGCGGCCAUCUUACUACGGCCGACCUAUGGGGAGGCUCGAUGCCCCCCCUCCCCUUCACGGCAGCAGUAAGAUGGCGGCGAUGUUGUUUGGUGGCUUCAAGGCGGCCAUCUUACUACGGUCCUCGUCGGGUCGUGUUGGGUCAUUUGAGGAGUGAUCUGUCGGGAGAAGCUUGCAGGCUGCGUGAGUUCGCUGCCGUGUUGAAGGCUUCCGUCAUGCUCCUCCGAGGCUGUGGGAGGAGGCUCCCACUGGUCGUGUCGACUCAUCGCUGCCUCUCAUCACCACCAUCACCACCAUCACCACCACCACCACCACCAUCAUCAUCAUCACCACCAUCACCACCACCACCACCACCAUCAUCAUCAUCACCAUCAUCAACACCAUCAUCAUCGUCGUCGUCAAAGUCAAAGCCAUCAGUGCCACUGCAUCCGCAGUGGGCUGAACUAGCCAAGCAGCAACUGAAGGGCGUCUCUCCGGAGACUCUCAUCUGGGCCACGGCCGAGGGCAUUGCGGUUAAACCAGUGUACACUCGCCAUGAUGUCCCGCCCUCUCUCCGUGAUGGCGGUGAUGGUGGUGGUGGUGAUGGUGGUGGUGGCGGUGGUGGUGGUGGUGGUGACGACCCACUGCCCGGGGUAUUUCCCUACACGCGGGGCCCACACGCCACCAUGUACACCCACCGGCCAUGGACCGUGCGGCAAUACGCUGGUUUUAGCACGGUGGAGGAGAGCAACACGUUUUACCGGGCCAACAUUCGUGCUGGCCAGCAGGGUCUGUCCGUGGCCUUUGACCUCCCCACUCACCGUGGCUACGACUCCGAUGAUCCCCGCGUCGCUGGCGACGUUGGAAUGGCCGGGGUCGCCAUCGACUCCAUUGAGGACAUGAAGCUCCUCUUUCAGGGCAUCCCGCUGGAUCGUAUGUCAGUGUCCAUGACGAUGAACGGCGCCGUCAUCCCGGUCCUCGCCAUGUUUGUGGCCGCUGCUGAGGAGGAGGGUGUCCCAAGAGCGCUGCUCACGGGCACCGUACAGAACGACAUCCUCAAGGAGUUUAUGGUCCGCAACACGUUCAUCUACCCACCAGACGCCUCCCUGCGCAUCAUAGCAGACAUCUUUGCCUUCACCGCCACGCACAUGCCACGCUUCAACUCCAUCUCCAUCAGCGGCUACCACAUGCAAGAGGCCGGCGCUGAUGCGGUGCUGGAAGCGGCCUUCACCCUGGCUGAUGGCCUGGAGUACGUUCGGACCGGCCUGCGGGCUGGCCUCACCGUGGAUCAGUUCGCUCCUCGCCUCUCGUUCUUCUGGGGUGUGGGCAUGAACUUCUUCAUGGAAGUGGCUAAGAUGCGUGCCGCUCGCCACCUCUGGGCCGAACUGCUGACAGAAAAGUUCCAACCCCAGAAUCCCAAAUCGCUGCUGCUGAGGGCUCACUGCCAAACGUCAGGCUGGUCGCUCACUGAGCAGGACCCGUUCAACAACGUCGUGCGGACCACGGUAGAGGCCUUGGCCGCCGUCUUUGGAGGCACCCAGUCGCUCCACACCAACUCACUCACUCAGAGACUCACUCAGAGACUCACACAGAGACUUAC